AUGAUAGUAACACUGGGAAUUAGUAGCGCCAAUAGGGGGCCGGGUUUUGACCGCCCUGAAAUGCUCCUAGAUCUAUCAGAACUCCAAAAAGGUGACGGGUCCUCGUGCCCUCGUUUCGGGGAACAAUCAUUUAAAGUUGAGAAUCUGGAGACUCUCCUAACAUACAAUCGAGUGAUUCUCCGUCGCGAAAUUGAUUGCCAACAUAAGCUCUAUCAGCAUAGGAGCUUAAUCGGCGUUCUUCCAAGUCCUGCUCAAUGGUGGCCACCCCAGAGAAUACAGAACGUGCAAACUGUCGCAAACGAAAAGUCAAAUGUGGGAAAGAAUUACCGGCAUGUCAAAACUGCGUGUCCGCUGGGUGGCACUGUGAUGGCUAUGCGAGGAGAUGGAAUUUCGUCGGUGAAGCACCGCGGUUGGAGGCACAAUAUCGGUGUCUAUGAUUAUGGAGAGCAAACUCGGCCCGUUCUACUGUGCUGGCGUGAUGGGGCACUUCUUACAGAUCCUGACAGUCGAAGGAAAUUUCCACUUCGAUCGCACGGUGAGUUCUAUGAGUUCAUCCCGGCCCGAUGUGGAAGGAAUCCAGCUCUUGAUAAUGCUGUCUCCCGUUUAUGUGCAAUAUAUAGAGACAAGCGCCAGCAAUUAUCUGUGAGCACAUCUGAGACAAUCAGGCUCUACACCAGUAGUCUCAAAUCGCUGCGAAAUUGCGUGCAGGCGGAAGAAACACGCUUAGAACCCGAGACGAUAUGCUCUUCACUCAUUCUCCAACCGGACUCGAAACUGCUGAUUCAAGAACUUGGGCCUGAAUCAUUUGAUAAGCCGUUUGAAAGAACCAUGUUGGAGUCCCAGCGAGCAUUUUUUCUUGCUCAGGACAUGAGCCGGGGCCAGGAAUGCUUCUUAUCUCAGCCUCAAUGA